UGCAGUCUGCGAAGGCGGGACCAAAGUGCACCCGCGGUCUGCAGUCCUCAAUUAGGUCCGCAAUCGAUGCAUAUAAGCAGUAUUAUAGCCGCAUAGCGUCACUUUUCUGAAGUCUUUUAGUGGUUUCAACAUGUCUGGACGUGGCAAAGGAGGAAAGGGUCUUGGGAAAGGUGGUGCUAAGCGCCAUCGUAAGGUGCUUCGCGACAACAUCCAGGGCAUCACCAAGCCCGCUAUCCGUCGACUGGCCCGGCGCGGCGGUGUCAAGCGCAUCUCCGGCCUUAUCUACGAGGAGACGCGCGGGGUGCUGAAGGUGUUCCUGGAGAACGUAAUCCGUGACGCCGUCACCUACACGGAGCACGCCAAGCGCAAGACAGUCACCGCCAUGGACGUGGUCUACGCGCUCAAGCGCCAGGGACGGAAGAUAAGACAGAGUGAAGGACUGAGGUCUGGAGACAGUGCCAUGGCUCGUACGAAGCAGACGGCCCGGAAGUCCACCGGCGGCAAAGCCCCGCGCAAGCAGCUGGCCACUAAGGCUGCUCGCAAGAGUGCACCGGCCACCGGCGGCGUGAAGAAGCCUCAUCGCUACCGGCCCGGCACCGUGGCGUUGCGCGAGAUCCGGCGCUACCAGAAGUCCACCGAGCUGCUAAUCCGCAAGCUGCCCUUCCAGCGCCUGGUGCGCGAGAUCGCGCAGGACUUCAAGACUGACCUGCGUUUCCAGAGCUCGGCUGUCAUGGCGCUGCAGGAGGCAUCCGAGGCCUACCUGGUGGGUCUGUUCGAGGACACCAACCUGUGUGUUAUUGAGCGGCUUAUCAUGUCUGGUCGCGGCAAGGGUGGCAAGGGCCUUGGCAAAGGUGGCGCCAAGCGCCACCGCAAGGUACUGCGCGACAACAUCCAGGGCAUCACCAAACCCGCCAUCCGCCGCCUGGCUCGCCGCGGCGGUGUCAAGCGCAUCUCCGGCCUCAUCUACGAGGAGACGCGCGGGGUGCUGAAGGUGUUCCUGGAGAACGUGAUCCGCGACGCCGUCACCUACACGGAGCACGCCAAGCGCAAGACGGUCACCGCCAUGGACGUGGUCUACGCGCUCAAGCGCCAGGGACGCACGCUCUACGGCUUCGGCGGCUGAGUGGAUUGCUCUUGGCAACAAUACCUAAAGGGUCUCGGCAGUUCAGGCUGGCCUUGAUUACACCUUGUGGCCCGGACAGGUCUCGAACUCGCAAGGAUUCUCCUCUCUCAGCCUCCUGACUCCUGGGGUUACAGGCGUGCGCCACCAUGCUGGUCUCUAAUGCAAAUUUUUGUGAGAGGUGGUAAAGAUAUUUGGUGCCUUUUUGCCACUUCCUAAAAUACCUAUUUCAGCAAGUAUUGUUAGUGAACAAAACUUUACUGAAAUAUUCUCAUGUCUAUUUACAAAGUUAAAUAUUUUAUUUUCUGGAGAGUCUGCCUGCAGGCUGGCUUUGCACUAUGCAGCCUGGGCCUGCACUGGCAGGGAUCCUCCCGUCUGCCUGCUGAGUGCUGGGAUUACAGGCCUGCACCACCACAUCUGGCACACAAAUUGUAUGUAUUGCUCCAGAGGAGGAGUGGGCCCUUGUGUUAGCUACAUCAUUUCAUUUAUCAUCAAUAAAAGAAAUUACCCCUGAAUUUGUGCUUCUGGGUAUGUAUUUAAAAAACAUUUGAUUAAGCUGUAAUUGGAACUUAAUCAUACUUCAAUGUAUUUUCGGAGUACAAGUGCUACAGAGCCAGUUAA